UUCAGGAUGAAAAAGAAGAAGUUGUGAAUGACGUCAGAAGGUGGAAAGUUAAAAAUGGCGUUGCACGUUAUGUGGAGGUAUUCUUGCUUUUGCUUAUUUUUUCUCGCCUUCCUAGGAGUAGAUGUGAGUUUCUCAAAUUCAGUUCAGUAUUACCACUACGAAGACAGUGAAUUACCGUCAGGACAUUCUGUUGUUCGUCGCUCCUAUGGGGCCGAAGAUAAGAUUUAUGAAGGUUUAAAGCUAAAGUUGCAGAUAACAACAGUAGUGCCUAUUAUCAAUGGGAGCGCUACUACAGUGGUACCACCAGUUGGAUCUCAUGUCCAAGCUGUGGGGAGUUACAUUACUCUCACACCGGAGAGGUAUGGAACAGCCAUGAAUCUGGAAGAUCCCAACAGGACCUCAUGGCGUGUCCCCAGUAAUAGCUCUCUGCCAGCUUCGAGUGGGCCCACGGUUCCAUACAGUAAUGUAACGACAGUGAGUUCAACAGUGCCACCGCACAGUAACACCAAAGGACCUAAUGCGACGUUGAUGUUGCUCAAGGGAAUCUCGCCAGAAAACUCAUCAGAUGCGGGGUUGUCGGAUGAAGCUAACAUAACCAUCACCAUAGACCAGUUCUCACAACCGAUCGAUAACAACACACUUCAUGAUCAUAACAUACCAAAGUAUCAACAGGACUAUCAUCAGUACUACAACAGCUCGUUCAUUUCGAACAAUGAGCUGGUGGGACAUCAGUAUUGGGUGAAUAUGACGGAUAGAACGGACGUUCAGGUGAAUGACAUGCUGUCACAGUCACAUCGGCGAGCUGCAACAGUGAAGUUGUCGUUUAACUUUCCGUUUUACGGCCACUUGGUCCGUAAUGUGACGAUAGCCACCGGAGGCUUUCUCUAUACUGGGGAGUAUGUCCAUUCAUGGCUUGCAGCAACGCAGUACAUAGCACCUCUCAUGGCCAACUUUGACACUAGCAUCUCCAAUGAAUCUUAUGUGAAGUAUGUGGACAAUGGCACGGCAUUCACUGUGCAGUGGGAGAAGGUGGUACUGCAGGACAAGCCAGAUUCAGGUGACUUCACAUUUCAGGCAACACUGCGCAAUAACGGCGACAUUGUUUUUGUGUAUCAGAAUGUGCCAGUUGUGAUUGAGAGCAUACAGGACGACCAUCAUCCAGUCAAGGUCGGGCUGUCCGACGCCUACAUCAUUGACAGAACGAUCUUCUUUGUCCGCAGGAAGACCAUCUAUGAAUAUCAUCGCGUGAACUUCAAUCGCCAGGACAUCAGGAACUGGACAGUGAUUGUUCUACAUGCUCUGCCAACGUGCGUUGACCAGCAUGACUGUGCCAGUUGCCUCGCCAUGUCCACAGACUUCCAGUGUCAGUGGUGUCCGGCUGUCAACAGGUGCUCAUCUGGAAUGGACAGACAUCGCCAAGAUUGGCUCUAUAAGGGUUGUGACAAGAGAGCACUGAGCAACACAACGCAGUGCCCUCCUGCUCCUGCUAAUUCGUCAUUCAUCCCUCAGGACUCGGAGGAUGGACCGCAGAGUAAUAGAAUGGGAGGUCAUACAAACAGUGUUGUACAGACUGACCACAUUCAGAGUACUGGGGAGCACAGCGCGAUGCGUGGAGAUGUGACUGUGCCCAUGAGCGUCUCGGGAAUUAUUGGCAUCCUGUUUGUCAUUGCGCUAGUGGCAGGCCUGGGUAUCUUGGUGCUGUAUGCUUACAGGAACCCCCAUUCAACAUCUGGACAGUUCCUAAUCAGGUAUCGACCGAGUCAGUGGAGCUGGAAGAGGGGCGAGGCUCGCUAUACAGCAGCAACGAUCCACAUGUGACCUCCUGUGCACUGCUUGGUGUGCGGACAUGUACAUAUUAUAUACCCUGUGAGUGAGAGUGAAUUCAGGGCUCCAAAAGUGCCUGUUUUGUUGCAUUUAAAAUUGCUAUUUUAAUAUACCACUUGCCUUGUAACAUUUCUCCGCUUUCUAUAUGCUACACUUUUCCGAAUUUAUUUCUGAAGGUAAAAAUUACACCUGUAUUUUUAAUAAUUGAACUUUACACACAUACACAUGUCAUAGUGCAGUUUUAGAACAAGUUUUUUACGGAUGAACAGACUGGCACUCUCAGUUUUAAAUUUGCAUAUGCCUUUACAUAUGAAGUGAACUUUGCAUACGGAAAAUGUCCAUAGUUUCUUGGCCACACGUUGUCUUUCUCAUCUCUUAAUUUUUGAUUUGACUAUAAAUAUGAAACAUACUAGAAGAGUGUGUGUGCUCAAGGCAAAAUAUUUCUGUAACUGUAUUUUUUAUUGGGAGGUUAGGUGUACAGCAUCUACAUUGACCAAAAGAUGGUGGUGGAUAUUGUAACGCUGGCAUUAAUAUGUUGAAUCUUUUUUGCUUUUGGUAAAUAAGAGCACAUCAGCCAGAUGUCAGUAUUGCACCGUCGUAUCUGGUAGAAAAUCGAAUGACUGCAAAGUAUCCAUUUCUUUUAUCCUCAGUUACAGACUUGUUUCUGAAAUUUUGGAAUUAUUCUCCGUGUUUGGCUCGUAAGUGUAUUGUUUUAAGUCCAUCUGAAUGUGAUGGUAUUAUUUUAGGGGCACAAAAUGGCUCUAGAAGGAAUACAGAUGUAUUUAGCAUAAUAGCUUUGUUGUUUACAAUUUUCCAAGUGAUUUUGUAAUGCGUCAUUUUAUUUUAAGGUGGUACUGUAAGUUGAGACACCGUUUCAUCACUUGCAUCUGCCCUUGAUUACAAACUGUUCGGUCAUAAAAAUUUUGAAGUCUUAAAGACCCAGUGGUGUAAAUCUGAGCUGGUUGGAAUUCGCCGCACAGUGCUGUAAUAUACAAAUGAUGUACUUCCCUAAGUAACAAUUUGUAAAUUUUUUGACAUGUUAUUCUGGUGCCUGAAAUUACAAUGAAAAUGAAUUUCAGGAUGUGCUUGGAAAUGUAGUUCAGUUUUGUAUUGCAGACUGCAUUUUAUGCACUUUUUUACAGACGUGGCUGGAAAUUCUUCAGACUACCUCAGCCGCCCAACAGACAAAUUUACAGCCAAUUUUUUAUAUAUCAUUGAGAUGUUAAUUUCUUCCACUGACUAAUGUUAACUAAAAGACCAGAUGACAUCCUUUGUGCUUCUGUAGGUGUGAACAUGUUAUAUAUCGCUGGUUGUUGUCUUGUGAUUGCAUUUGUAUGUAUGUAUAUAUCAUGUUUUACUUUUUGGAUGGAAUGACAGAACUUUGCUUUUAUUAAAGGUUGUGGAUGUCAUUUAAUGGAAUAUAUCAUGAGUGUGAUGGUGAAAUUAUAAUUGAAUGACAGAAUGAAUACAUUUGUGGCUUUUGAGUUUUCUUUGACUUGGUAAAUGUUAAUGUUAUGAUGAUAUAAGUGAAGGGCUUUUGACAGAAGUCUUAACCCUGUUGCAUUAAGGGUUGUUAUCACAUUCACUGCCACGUUAACAUAGUGCAUGACUGACCGACUCCAAAAGCUAGUGUAAUUUUUAGUGGUUUGUGUGAGAUUUGCGAGGUGAACACAAAUGAUCUGAUCUGAUCUGUUGUUAAGACUGUGAUGAACUGGUAGUAAGGGAGGGAGGAUUGUAGCAACAUUUGGAACAAACAAGUAGUUAUCUUUAUUUGCUGCUAUGUCAAUAAUAAUAAUAAUAAUAAUAAGAAUGUAAUAAAUAACAUUAAUAAGAAUAUUAAUAGUUAUAUAAAUAACUGCAAUGAGAUUGGGUCACCUGGAACAUUGACACACGCCUGAAUGCGUGGUUGGUUUUAUGCCUAGACAGCACAGUGUUGCCAUACUGAAGAACUGAGAUGAAAACUGUACCGCCACACCACUGAAGUGUGCACUCGUUGAGAACAAGAAUUGUGCACAGAUGCGUGUGACCACAUGUUGUGAUCCAUUGACCAACGUCUUUCAUUAUACAUGGUGGGAGAGACUGGUGAAGGUCAUCGGUUUAAAAUAAUUUUUUCCUGCAAGGAGUGGUUUGAAGGAUAAAUAAGCUAAUUUGUAAAUUUGUUGAUCUUUACUGAAAUGUACUGUAAUUGAAUAUGGUUAUGUUGGUAAUGCUUUACAUCUAUGUUUAUUGAAUAUGUGUGCACACUGCUGUGUUGCAAGCACACCAACUUGAUUGCUUGUUUAUGACAUUUAGUUUUCACGAUGAGGAGGUUGAGUGAUGUUAGGAACAUUACAGAUUGCACAAAGAACAUGCCUUAUGGAGCAUUAGCUCUAGAUAUUUUAUGAUCUCUGAAAAGUUUUCUGGUACCUAUUCUUACUGUGCAAUGGACCUAAUCCAUGUGUUAAAAUUGUUUGCUUUGGUUUUAAUUAUUUUGAAUAUUGGGAUAUUUUUAUAUUAAGACUAAUCCAGACAAUUUCUUACUUUAUAUGGUAGUGUUUGUGUCUAUUUUAUAUAAUAGACACUGUGCACAGAACUAUAACUGCUUGCUCCCAGUUUUCUUAAGAACCAAACAGGUUUUUAGCGACAGGCGGAAUGAAUGUGUUAAUAGUUUUGUAUAUAAACGUUUGUGAAGGGUUCGACAUAAUCACUCUUGCAGGUUGAUUACAGCUAAUGUACGUCUUGGUUUAUGAGUAGAUGUAUUCGGUGUGUGGUGUCUAUUACAGGAUGCCUAUUGCUUUCAAAAAUGGUUCUAACAUUUCUUUAGUAAAGACAAUUUGAAUAACCCUGAAACUUUAAACAUAAAACAGCUGUGUAACUUAAUGACUUCUAAGCAUUGGGUGUAUGGAGACAAUGUGAAUAUAUAAUUUUCCAAAUGAAAAUAAAUCGAUGUGUUGUGGAUUGGGCAAAAGUGGCGUAACUUUGACACCAAUUAUCAGUUACAACAGUAACUGCAAUAGAUGCUGGUUAUGUCCCACAGGACGGAUGCUCGUGUAACAAUAUUAUGACAUACUUUGAGUAAUCAUUCAAAGAGCUUAAUUCAGAAUAAUAUGUGUAAUGUCAAAAUGGGAGCUGCAUUAUUAUAUUUACUGACGUGCAUGAAUGUUUUCAUUAUUUAUAACAGAAACAUGCACUGUAAGAGACUAAUAAACAUAGUGGUAAGAUUACCCAAAAUAGCAUUUUGAAGUCCUGGUAGCUGUUUGGCCUUUUAACCAUGUAUUUCAGAAUGUUUACACAAAAGAGCCAAGCGGAGUGCCAGGUUUGACCCGUGUGACUCAUGUUAAAUGUUGAGAAGAAAAUUGGAUUAGGGUCCAUGAAUUGUUCUUUCAGAGCAAUGCAGUUUGAUUUGCAAAAACAUGCAGCUGCUCACAUAAUAAUCCCAGUGAACAUUUCUGUGAAGAUAACAAGAGGACUUUAUAAAAGAGACCUCGGCUUUUGAUCAAGGGUGUCUUAGAAUACUAGUGUACUUUUCAUAAGAAGUAGAAAUCUGACAUAGGAUAGAUUUGGAAUGCUGUAGUUCGGUAAUAUGAAGCCUGAGGUGUGGAAAGUACGUUAUAAACAUUGACAUAGCAGCAAAAGCCUGGCCACAAAUAACUUGUAAUUCAUAGAUGGUAGAAUGAGGAGAUGGAACUAAUGCAUGGAUGGAUGGAUGGAUGGUUGGUAGCUACUGAAUGGAAUAUCUGUUCUAUCUGCUAUCUGCCUUGAAUCCAAUAAACUUUUAUUAUUUUGAACUCAAUCAAUACUGUAUACUAGUAGUCAGAAUAUCUUGGUGCUUAUAAAUCCAUUGUAUCUUUUACUUUUUGCCUUGAACUUGGGUUAUUUCUGAGUCAACUUUAUUGUGCACAAUGUAAUUGAAAAUUUUAAGUGUAAUUUUUAUAAAUAUUCUCUUGUGCCUUACUCUAAACCAUACAGUUGUGAAAUAUUUGGUUGUCUACAGUUAUAUAAAUGUAUGUAUGUAUGUAUGUUACAAUUUUUGUAAUGGACCUUCAUGGCAAAAUGUGUUUAUAUUGCUAAAUAAAGGUGUGGUGAAAAUGGUGAAAA